CUUUGAUAUAGGUGCCUAGGAUGCCACUGUGUUGCUUUGGCACUGAUUGCUGAGAGUGAGUCAACCCGAUAACACGCGAUACCAUAUCGAUUCGUAGUAAAAGAUAAGACGAUAGUGAGUGCCGAAUAUUUCACCUAAUGUUAGUAUCGCGUAACCUUAAUUUUUUGGCACCACAAUGAGUGCGAUUAAACAGUAUUUCAAGGAAGAGGCAAAAGUGCAGAUGUUAGUGUUAGGCCAUCCCAAACCGUCGGACUUUUAUCUCAGUGUUUGGCAAACAACUCGGUCCGCGGUCCCACUUCUCAUUUGGCGGUCGUUCCUAUUUCUAGUGUCACUUGGAGUAGUUCUCGCGUCUCUAAUUCUGUAUGUAUUGGCGUCUAAAGCAGGAUAUUGGUUCAUUUACCUGACGCAUUGGGGUCUCACGAUAAACACAUUAGCCACUGGAUUUGCAGUUGCUGUCUCCGCGCGCUGCUAUCUCUAUGGACCAAUAAGCGGUGAUUUACUUUUACCAUGGUACGUGAAGAUCUACUGGGUGUUUUACAACUCGGCCAUUCCCCUUGCCUUCCUCAUCACCAUAUUUUACUGGACUGUACUCUAUGGAUUAGACGAAGAAGAGGAGUUUAACCAUGCACUAGAUGUCUUUGUUCACGGCGUGAACUCGCUGGUGAUGUUCGGGCUCCUCAUCAGUGCGUCCCAGCCCUCGCGGAUGUGGCACAUCUACCAACCACUACAAUUUGCCUUUCUCUACGUGAUCUUCAGCGCAAUUUAUUAUGCUGCUGGUGGAGUUGAUCCGAGCGGCAACAGAUGGAUUUACUCCGUAGUGGAUUGGUCAUCGCCAGGCAUGACGAUAGGCCUAGUAGCCUUGACAGGGCUCCUACUAGCAGUGCUUCACUUCGUGGUUAUGGGGCUGGCGGUCGCACGAAACGCGUUGGCUUCCAAGUUGUUUCACGACUCGGUUACAGUGCAUGGGGCGGAGGGGGUACCGCUAAGGCGACGGCCAAGUCAAUUGCAGACCUCAAAUGCAUAGAUCCGAUGUUGAUAGAAAUUCACAUAGUGGUAAAAAGUAGAGUGAUACUCGCAUGUAGAGAAUGAGGGCUCAUUUAGACGGCGAGAACUCGCGUGCGAGUUUCAUUACAUUGCGUUGUUUGAUCGGUCGGCUGAAUUGAUGUUACCUUAAUCGUCCGUAAGGUAACUAAAAUCGCAUGCGAGUUCGCACUCCGUCUAAAUGAGUCCUAAAUAGGUAAAGUCAACGAAAAAUUAGUUUCGUAUAUAUGCAGCGCUCGGUGGUCGGGAUGUUAUCGUGUAAACAGCUCUUUUGUAAUGAAUAUGAGAUGAAAAGGAACUUGACUAUCGGCGCGAUUCAGGAAAUGAAUUAGAUAUUCACUACAUAUGAAAUAGUAAAGAUAUGUGACGUUCCACGACAAAAUGAACCUUAUGGCGGCUGGCGCUUACGCUAUUAUUGACGCCGCUGACAAUAUUCAGCCGGGGCAAUGGUACCUUUUGCCGUGGAACGUCACGUCU